AACCGUUUACAAGCAUUAAAUUUAAAACACACACUGAAGAUAUUUUUCCAUAUUAUUCCUGUCCAUUUAAAGAUAGCUUGCUUGUCGUUAAGUCCCGCCCAUUGUAUUUAUUGUUUUGGUUUUUGCCAUUCCCCCAGUCUUUUUCGUUUCCUUAGCACAGUGCUGAGCAUGCGCCACUGCGCCAGCUUGAUCUCGCUUACAAUGGCUCGGAAAGGAUCAUCAAAUGAGCUUACGCUUUUGGGUUUAAUUGUCUGUAUUGUUUAUUUGCAUUUAUUUACGUGUCCUUACACCAAAGUUGAGGAAAGUUUUAACUUACAAGCUAUUCAUGAUAUCCUAUACCAUCGAUUCAAUUUCGAAAAGUAUGAUCAUAAUGAAUUCCCUGGUGUGGUACCACGUACGUUUCUUGGACCUCUAUUCAUAUCAGUCCUAAGUGCACCAAUUACAUGUGUGCUUACCUUCCUUCAAGCUCCAAAACUUUACACUCAGAUUCUCGUGCGAGGGAUUCUUGGACUAUGUGUGAUCCUGGCUCUGUGGCAUAUGCAAAGAGAGGUCAGGAGGCAGUUUGGGUCAAUGGUGGCCAGUUUGUUUUGCUUUAUCUCCACCACACAGUUCCAUCUGAUGUUUUACAGCACAAGAACGCUCCCUAAUGUGUUCGCUUUACCUAUAGUUCUGCUGGCAUUUACAUCCUGGAUGGCUCAGAGACAUUGCCCCUUCAUUUGGCUCUCUGCUUUGGUCAUUAUUGUUUUCCGCUUUGAACUGUGUCUCUUCCUUGGGCUGAUGUUGUUGAUAUCGCUCCUAAGCAGGAAACUAUAUUUUCUACUGUUGCUUUACCAUGCCAUACCUGCUGGCAUGUUAUUUUUGGGUCUAACUGUCACUGUUGACACAAUAUUCUGGAACAAGCUACUCUGGCCUGAGGGUAAGGUACUCUGGUACAACACAGUCCUGAAUAAAAGCUCCAACUGGGGAACCUCUCAUUUUCUCUGGUACUUCUACUCUGCACUGCCUCGAGCUCUUGGCAGCACAAUACUAUUUAUACCCCUUGGCCUAUUGGACAGACGGACAAGAACACUGUUCAUCCCAGUUGUAGGCUUCAUUCUGCUGUACUCACUUCUACCCCAUAAGGAGCUCCGUUUUAUCAUCUACACCAUCCCUGUGUUUAACUUAAUUGCUGCUCGUGGCUGCUCUUUCAUUUUGAACAGUUGCCACAAGUCACGGAUACAUAAAAUUUGCUCCGUAGUUGUGAUAGGACAUUUGAUGUUAAACGGAGUAUACACAAGUAUUUCUCUGUAUGUUUCCUAUUACAACUACCCAGGAGGAAAAGCAAUGCAGGAGUUACAUAGAUUAAAGCCAGCAACAGCAGAUGUGUCAUUACACAUUGAUGUACUUGCUGCACAAACAGGAGUCUCACGUUUUCUGGAACUUAAUAGUAACUGGAGGUAUUACAAGAGAGAAUAUUUGACUCUUGAGGAUCCAAUCAUGAAAACAUAUUCACAUCUUUUAAUGGAAGCAAAUGAAACUAAGAUAUUUCUGCUCAAAGAUUCUUACAAGCCUUUGGCCUUCAUUCCAGGAUAUCAAAGCAUUGCAUUCGAAUUGUCCCAUUUUCCACCUCUUCAUAUAAAUCUUAUUAAGAAGCUUAUGGUUCUAGAAAGACUUGACUCAUUAAAUGAUCCAAAUUAA